AAUAAUCCUCAUCAUCAAUCACUAAGAAUUUAUUAAUUUAUUCAGAAAGGAAAAAAAACAUUUUAUUGCUUAUACAAAAAAAUAUUAAAUAAAUUCCAAACAAGACUUCAAUAAACACAAUAAAAAAUAUCUUUAUGGACAGAUCUAAGCUAAAACCAUGGAGACGAAGAUUCCAGCAAGAGAAGUAACGGCAACAAAGGUAUUUGUGAUAGAGAAUGCAGCUGAGGGUGCCUCAGCUUCUCCUGCUGGGCCAUUUGUUCCUGGUGCUGGUGGAGAAGAAGUGUUUGGGGUUGGUGAUGAAGGAGAAGGUGAUGGAGAAGAAGUGGUUGUAGGAGAGGGUGCUGGAGAAGAAGUUGUUGCAGGAGAAGGUGUUGGUGAUGUGUUUGUGGAGGGUGAUGGAGCAGGUGCUGAAUUGGGUGAUAAUGAUCGGGUAGGUGCGGGUGCAGGAGCUUGUUGUGCUAUGCAUGAAGUAGCCAACAACCCCAAUAUCAGAAACACUUUGAUUGCAACAGAACCCAUGUUGUUAUAUGUUCUUUUGAUAGAGAAGAAUGUUUAGUGAGAAAUGUGAGAAAGAGAGUAUAAAUAUAAAUAUGUUAGAUGAGAAGAGAAGAGAUUGAAAGAAUAUAUAUAAUAGAUUGUUUUUCUUUCUUUGUGCUUCCAAGUAAAGCAUGCGACAGGUUCAGCUGGUGAGGGAGGUGUUGUAUGUCUCUACGUAAGGCAGAAUUUUCCCGUUUAACCUUUCACACUUUGAUUUUUCGAUGGCUGUUUCUAGAUCAAUAUCUGAUGUAGUAUAUUCAAAGAUUGGAAAUGUUCAUGUAGGGUUUGUGUGAUUAGUGAAUAGUGUGAAACACACGGUUUCUUACGUCACAAUACUAACAUGUCAAAUUUGAACAUGUAGAUUUAUUUAA